AUGGAAGCGGACAAGAUACCUAAAUUCUCCUCCAAGGAUGAGGAAAUCAACUUUUGGAAAACACUAUACGUCAAAUAUAAGACAAACUACCAAGAGGCUCAUGAGGAACUGCUAGAGUUCCAGGAGGGCAGCAGGGAACUGGAGGCCGAACUCGAAGCUCAGCUGGGUCAGGCCGAACAUCGCUUGAAGGACCUAAAGUCGGACAACGUCAGGCUGAAGAAUGACGUGGAAACCCUCAAAGAGCGAUUGGAGCAGCAGUCUUCUCAGAGCUAUAAGCAGAUUUCCGUGCUGGAGGACGAUCUCCUGCAGACGCGCAGCAUUAAAGAGCAGCUCCACAAAUACGUCCGAGAACUGGAACAGUCCAAUGACGACUUGGAGCGAGCCAAAAGAGCGACUAUUGUGUCUCUGGAGAACUUUGAGCAGCGUCUGAACCAGGCCAUCGAGAGGAAUGCCUUCCUCGAGAGCGAGCUGGACGAGAAGGAAUCACUACUCGAGUCUGUUCAGCGACUCAAAGAUGAAGCCAGAGACUUGCGUCAGGAGUUGGCCGUGCGCGAGCGUCAGGCGGACGUCAGCCGAACAUCGGCGCCUGGCUCGCCUGUGCACGAUGAUGUCAAGAUGGACUCACUGUCUCUCUCCACGCCUGCUACACCGCUGAGCAAAGGUCUGGACAAUGCCCUCCUUGCCAGCGUCGCGGGCGUCCCCACAAGCUACCCCAGUAACUCUCCGCUGACUCCUUCGGCGCGGAUAUCAGCUCUCAACAUUGUCAGCGAUCUACUGAGGAAAGUCGGGGUUUUAGAGGCCAAACUGGCCGCCUGCAGGAACCUGGCCAAGGAGCAGCAGGCAAGGAAGACUUGUGCUCUGGACAACGGCAACAUCCUCAACGCUAAUACGAGCACGUACUCACAGUCACUCCACAUCACCUAUUUGGACAAGGCGUGA